UGGUAGUUCGUUAUCGUUCAGACUGCAGCCAAUCAGGUUCAGUGUCAACGCGAGUCAUGCUGAGAACCUGGUAGAUUCGGCCAAACAGCAGCAGCUGUCGCACGCCCCGAUAAUAACCUCCGUCACUCUGAGUGCCCCCCGUUCCUCAAACGAGUGACGCACCUUCUCCACCUCCACCCCAUGGCCACUGCUUGAUGGUGCACACUCUCCUCCAUAUUUCAUCUCAACCUCCGUCUCUAGUUUCACCACCUUACGAGCAGCCUGAAACUUGUUCUGCUUAUCUCAAUCUAGUGGCUCAGCGGAGCAGCUGCUGCCGGACUCUGCCCUGACUGCUCAGCUGGGCGUAGAGAUCGCAGCUGAAUUAACAUGGGUCGUGGGGGUUGCGAGGGCGAGGUCACCAAGGCUCGGGUUGCAGCCGUCGAGACCGUCGUCAGUAAUGCAGGCGGGCUCACGAAGCGAUCCGUCGCCGCGACGAACGCAAUGCGGCGAAGCAGUUCACCAUGGACGAGGUGUCCAAGCACAACCGGCCCGGGGACGCUGGGUUGUCGUCGACAACAAGGUGUACGACGUGAGCGACUUCGCCGACCGGCAUCCAGGCGGGCGAGUGAUCUACUCGCUGGCGGGCCGCAACGCCACGGACGUCUUCGCCGCCUUCCACAAGCCCACCACCCGCGCCUUCCUCUCCACGCUGCACAUCGGCGACCUCAAGGAGAGCGAGGUCGAGCCGACGGGCGAUCUGCUAAAGGACUUCCGCGAUCUGCGGUCGUCGUUCGAGGCGAAGGGGUACUUCAAGAGCAACCCGGCGUACUACGUGUUCAAGGUGCUUUCGACGGACGCCAUCGUGGCGACCAGCAUCGCCAUCAUCAUGUGGACCUCCAACCCGCUCUGGGUGCUCUUCUCGGGCGUCCUGCUCGGGCUGUACUGGCAACAAGUCGGCUGGCUCUCGCACGACUUCCUCCACCACCAGGUGUUCAAGUCGCGGUUCCUGAACACGUUCGUCGGCGGGUACAUCCACGGCAAUCUGUUGAUGGGGUUUAGCACCAACUGGUGGAAGAACAAGCACAACACGCACCACGCCGUCCCAAACGAGUGCGACAAGGAGUACCGCCCCAUCGACCCCGACAUUGACACCCUGCCGUACCUCGCGUGGAGCGAGAACAUUCUCGCCACAGUCAAGAGCAAGACCGUCCGCUCACUGCUCCGCUACCAGAGCCCGCUCUUCUUUCCGCUCCUCUCCUUCGCCCGCUUCGCCUGGUCGUACGCGAGUCUGACGUACUGCUUCUCGGACGAGGUGGCGCCCAAGGAGCGCUUCUGGGAGCGGCUGUUCAUGGUGUUGCACUACGCCUGGGUGCUCGGCUUCGGCUUCGGCUGCCUGCCGUUCUGGAAGGGCCUCAUGUGGAUGCUGACGGGGCAGAUCACUGGCGGGCUGUUCCUAGCGAUUGUGUUUGUGCAGAGCCACAACGCCAUGGAGAUCUACAACGAGGGCAAGGACUUCUACACCGCGCAGAUUGUGACGACGCGCGACGUGAACGGAGGUCUGUUCAACAACUGGUUCACAGGCGGGCUGAACCGGCAGCUGGAGCAUCACCUGUUCCCCACCAUGCCGCGGCACCACCUUGGCAAGACCUGCAAGGCAGUCAAGGAGCUGUGUGAGAAGCACGGGCUCGCCUAUGAGGAUGUCUCGUUCGCCACCGGCACCUCGCUUGUGCUCGAGCACCUCAGCAGAAUUGCAGCUCUUGCCUAAAUAGGUACCCAUCCUGGGUGACCUGAUGUUUUAGCGUGGUGGGUUGCAGUGCUGGUUCAGUGGCACACCUUUUUUUGUGUGGUGGGUCUGGCUAGCUAGGUUUUCUAUUAUUAUGAUAAACCCACCACAUGCUUCUCUGAAACGUCUUCCACCACCUCAAUUGCUGAAAACUCUUCUUGAGAUUCAGGACGAAUGGAUCUUCAGAGCAGAGCAGCGGAACUGACUUUUGAUAAC